AUGCCGCUACGGCAAGCAGCCUUUGACGAUUAUGCCGUCGCGAUUCCACAGAUCAUACUCUCGUCUUCAGACUCAGACUUUCCCGACCACUUGAUUCCGGUUCUGAAAGACGCAGCCAGCUCCAAAAAAACACCCUCGUUGAUUCAAUGCCUCACUCGCUACUCCGACGACCGCGAAGCCGACAUCGAACGCAUCGGCCUCACUAAACAUGAGGAGUUCCUCGAUUCCGUGGGCAGACUGCAGCAUGUCCGCGACGGCACCGUCGCCCUGACGUCUGAGAUACUCAAACUCAACCAAUCCAUCCAAGCCAGCACAGAAAAACUCGCCGAGCAAAAGGGCGCCCUCGUGAACACCACCGCCAUCCGCCAGAACAUCGCCGACGCCACAAGCGCCCUCCGGGAAUCGCUCAAAGUCUUGCAUGCGCUCAACAACUCCCAUGAUCUCGUCCGUCGCAAGAAGUACUACUCGGCGCUCAAAUCACUCGAGGACCUCCAGAAUGAACACCUGGUUCCGAUCCUCCAGAACCGCUAUGCGACCCAGCACCGCCUGGCUGACGUCAUCCAAAAGUCGAUACCUGGCUCUCAAAAGACAAUAUCGGAAGCCGUCAUGACAGACUUGAAUACCUGGCUGUUCCGUAUUCGAGAAACCUCACAGUUCCUGGGCGAGGUGGCCUUCUACCAUACCGAGCUGCGAAGGUCCAGACAACGAAAGAGGGUCGAGGACGACCAGUUCCUAUCCAACUUUAAGCUCAACUCCGCCAUCGAGCUCGUAUGCGAUGAAAGCGAGGAGUUCGACGUGCUCAACAACGAGGAGCUUCAGGUCGACUUUACUCCGCUGUUCGAGGCGUUGCAUAUUCACGACGCUCUCGGCCAAUGUGAUCGAUUCCGGUCCGAAUACGCCGCCACCCGUCGACAGCAGAAAGAUCUUCUUCUCCCUAACUCCGUGGAGCUUCUGGCGGAUGACGAGACGUCUCUCAGCAGCCUAUUGGAAGGCAUUACUGGCUUUGCCAUUAUCGAGAAGGCAACAAUGCGCCGUGUGCCUCAAUUGCGCUCACCGGCGGACGUAGAAGAACUCUGGGAGUCCAUGUGCAGCGCGGCCAUCACGUUGACGUCGAGGGCAAUCAAUGAUGUGGGCAAUGCCGAGGUUCUGCUCAAAAUCAAGGGUUUCAUCGCCUUGUUUGUCCAAACUAUGGAGGGUUGGGGAUACUCGAUUGCCACGCUAGACACGUUCCUCCUCACACUAUUCGACAAGUACGCUGAGCUCCUUAAACGACGGUUCGGUGAGGAUUUUCAAGAGAUUGUUUCGACCGAUGAUUACAUGCCCAUGGCCAUCAACUCUCUCGAAGAGUAUGAAAAAGUCAUCAAUGUCAGCUGGUUCAUCCAUGACCAACCGAUAGAGGAGCUCGCGUUUCCCUGUGUGCUGCCGUUCUCACAGAUGUACCCCUUGUGCUGCAUCGACAUAAGAAAUUUCCUCAACCAGUUUUACUUCUUUUCCGACGAUCAUUUUCAGCACUCCGAUGUCAUAGACGAAACACUCAGAAAGUCACUUGAUGAGCUUCUUACGGAAAAGGUCUGCCAGUCUUUGGUCGAGCGUUUGAGCUCUCAGUACCUCGGCCAGAUAGUACAAAUACUCAUCAAUUUGGAACAUUUCGAGAUAGCAUGUCAAGAGCUGGAACAGCUCCUGGUCAGAGCGAGGUCAUCAACCUCGGCCGGCGGCCCGCUGAAGCUGAAAGCAACCGAGAAAUUCCGCAACAACAAGAAGACCGCCGAAAAGCGAAUAUUUGAACUUGUCAACAGCAAAAUAGACGACCUCGUUGACACGGCAGAAUACGACUGGUUGGCCUCGAAUGUGACAACCGAACCCAGCAACUACAUGCAAACCCUGACACGUUACCUGUCAAACAUCAUGAACUCCACACUACUCGGCCUGCCGCGCGAAAUCAAAGAGCUCAUCUACUUUGACGCCCUGAGCCACGCGGCAAACAAGAUUCUGGCUCUUCCAUUGUCGCCGGACGUGAAGCACAUCAACGCGCACGGGGUUUCUGCGCUGGCUCAGGAUGUGCAGUAUUUGACCGAGUUUGUCAGCAGCCUGGAGAAUGGGCAGAUGUUGAAGGAGAAUUUGGACGAGCUUCAACAAACCAUCAAUCUGAUGCAAUCUGACAACCACGAAGAAUUCUUUGAUAUUUCUACUCGUAACAAGAAGUACGGGCGAGUGGACGCUCUUAAUGGGCCGCUUCUGCUGGAGAAGCUCACGCCGGUCACUCAAGCUUCCGGAAGAACCGCACCGCUGUCCAACCUGUCAUCGCGCUUCGCCAUGAUGAAGUGA